GCGUCUCAACAUCCUGGAGGCUGAUUUCAACCCUAAAGUUCUGCUGCACAGAUUAGUGUUUCCUGCAGAUGUUAAGCAGAUGCUGAUGGUUAAAGAAGCAGCUCCUGUAAAGCACAGACCUUGUGCUGGCCUACAUGACCCAAAGCCCCACCACAUAAAGAAGGAACAGGAGGAGGUCUACACCAGUCUGGGGGGAGAGCAGCUCAAUGGGAAGGAGGAGAUUGAUGCCAUCAGGUUUCCAGUCACUGCUACUCCCAUAAAGAGUGAGGAUGAUGAACAGUCCCCUCUGCUCUCACAGCUUUAUCAAGACCAAAUUAAAGGCAGAGCGCUUCCAGAAGACAUCGAUGGAGGAGAAGAAACCAUCAGAAUACAAGAUCAUGGAGAUGGUUCCAUUUCCUCAGAAACUGAAGACACUGAGAAGGAUGAAAAGGCCGAUGAUGGAAACAUUAACAAACCUUUUAGCUUCCCUGAGUUUGCUGAACAAUUUGUUCACCGUGGCUUUCUUCAGAAAGACGUGAUAAAUUCAGAAAUAGGAUCUUUAAGCUCACUGGAUAGGAAGAACUGUUUCACAGAGAAGAAAAAUGUGGAAUCGCCAAAGAAAGUCCAGACAGGAGUGAAGUUUAGCUGUGAAGACUGUGGUAAAACCUUUAUUGGGAAAGGCACUUUAAACACACACAUGAGAAUCCACACUGGUGAGAAACCUUUCUGUUGUGAUCUAUGUGGACAAAGAUUUAGCCAAAAAGGACAUUUAAACAGACACAUGAGCAUCCACACUGGACAGAAACCCUUCUGUUGUGAUCUAUGUGGAAAAGGAUUUAGCCUAAAAGGACAUUUAAACAGACACAUGAGCAUCCACACUGGACAGAAACCCUUCUGUUGUGAUCUAUGUGGAAAAGGAUUUAGCCUAAAAGAACAUUUAAACACACACAUGAGAAUCCACACUGGACAGAAACCCUUCUGUUGUGAUCUAUGUGGACAAAAAUUUACUGAAAAAGGCACUUUAAACAGACACACGAGAAUCCACACUGGACAGAAACCUUUCUGUUGUGAUCUAUGUGGACAAAGAUUUAGCCAAAAAGGAAGUUUACACGCACACAUGAGAAUCCACACUGGACAGAAACCUUUCUGUUGUGAUCUAUGUGGACAAAGAUUUAACCAAAAACGACAUUUAAACACACACAUGAGAAUCCACACUGGACAGAAACCUUUUUGUUGUGAUCUAUGUGGACAAAGAUUUAACCAAAAAGGAAGUUUAAACAGACACAUGAGAAUCCACACUGGACAGAAACCUUUUUGUUGUGAUCUAUGUGGACAAAGAUUUAGCCAAAAAGGAAGUUUAAACGCACACAUGAGAAUCCAUACUGGACAGAAACCUUUCUGUUGUGAUCUAUGUGGACACAGAUUUACUGAAAAAGGAAGUUUAAACAAACACCUGAGAAUCCACACUGGACAGAAACCUUUCUGUUGUGAUCUAUGUGGACAAAGAUUUAGCCAAAAAGGAAGUUUAAACGCACACAUGAGAAUCCAUACUGGACAGAAACCUUUCUGUUGUGAUCUAUGUGGACACAGAUUUACUGAAAAAGGAAGUUUAAACAAACACCUGAGAAUCCACACUGGACAGAAACCUUUCUGUUGUGAUCUAUGUGGACAAAGAUUUAGCCAUAAAUCAAGUUUAAACAAACACAUGAGAAUCCACACAAGAGAGGAAAAUGGCUAAGGUUUGAAGGCUCUAACAGAUUACGGUCGCUGUAAAAUUUGUGAUGUGAAGUGCAAGGCCAGUGGACAAUUUGCACAAUUUUCGUCAGCCUCAGAUAUUUGGCUACAACUCCUGCAUUCAGCACCGUUAACACGCCUGCUAAUGGAUGCAAUUUGUGCAUUAAAUUUGUGCCUUGUUAAGAAAACUAAAACUGCGUAGUUAAUGGUUUUCAUGUUGAAGAAAUGUUUGAAACAUCUGAGAUGUUACAAUACAAACGGCUGGAUGUUGUUUUGAUAUAUUCAAUAAAGUUUAUAUAUUGAG